CACUCAUAUAAAGUAUCGAUUGUAUGCCUGCCUGUUUACUAUAUUAUAUUCAUUAACAAUUCAUAGCGGCUGAUAAGUUCGUCAUUAGUGUAUCAAAAGUCUAUGUGUGACCGAGACCGAGUUUAGUUGUCUGGAGCUCGCCGAUGCGAACGGAUCGAAAUGGAGGGUCACUCACUAAUCUGGACGCUGUUGCUCGCCCUCUGCUGCUGCUGCGGAAACCAAGUGGAGGUCGGAGCGAGUCGCUUGCUGAGCAGGAUGAUGCCCAGAGUUCCACAAAGCUGGAGAUGUCAGAAUGAAAACAUAGGCGGCUUCAGCAUCAAUCUGACGGAUCUCUCUGGUUACUGGUACGAGGUUGCCCGAGUGCCCAAUGUCGAUGUGCUGGCGUGUUUAAAUGUCUCGGUUCCUGCCGAGACCAAGAACGACAAACUUUCGCUGGACCUCAACUACAUCAGCACGGUCAACGACGAUCGUCAGUUCAACAACGAGUCCAUCAGCUUUUCCUGGAACAAUGACACCCAGCAUGGCCGCUUCAAUCUGGACUACGAUAUCGCCACUGUCACAUACAAGAUGGUGUAUGUUAAUUACACAUCGGUGGCACUCCUAUGUGGCUUCAGUAGCAUCUUGCCCAUUCCGCUCUUCAAGUUAUUCUCACGAGUACCGGAGAUUAGCCAGCAGGCACGCGAUGUCAUCCAGUAUGUGGCGAAUACAUACAACGUUUCCGACCAGAUCGCUUGGGAAGAGCAGAUGCCGGACAGAUGCAACGGAUCAGCUCCUAGCCAGGCUCCUCUAGCUGUCCUACUAGGUUUAAUAGCAAUGCUGUGGUGCCUCAGCUUCCGCAAGCAAACUCUUAGUUAGCUUUCUAAUUAUAAUAAUGAGCAGUCAGAAUGGUUUACAAUCAUCACAAGCUCUUAUCGUUGUUUGCUCUUCAUCAGUGGAUGGCUUUGCAUGAAUUCAUUCAGAGCGAAUCACAGCUGAGCUUCCUUAUCUUGUAGUUUAGAAAGGAAAACUCAUGAAGAGCAAAUUAGAAAUAUAAAUAAAUAAUAUAAUAAAUGUAAGUAAAAUAGAAUGUACCUAGGAAUCAUAGCCUUUUCCCAAUGUUUCCACGCUGUAACUAAGUUAGUUUUCAUUAUUUACGUUUAGUUGUCCAGUUCCACUUGGUUUUCCGAGCUGUUACUGCUCUUUUCUAGCUCUCUCAUUGCGCUGAUAAGGGAUUUGUAUUUAUGUUUGAGUGAAAUUAAAAGUUCUGCUUAGUA